UAUAUCGCCUCUUUUCAUAGGCUCCAGUAAAUGCACGAAAGAGGCCCUUAAAAAUCCGCCAGUCCUGUGUCGUAUGCAUAUGGCUAAAGAUGAGCCGCAUCUCUUAUGCAGCCCCUCCAUCAUCUACUCCUGAUAAGUGCAUGGACCCGGAAGCGCAUACUCCAUGUAGACAGCCGAAAACCCUCCUCUCUCCGCCGACCAUAAAAGGGCGACCCACAAUUUACAUCUGCCAAACAGGAUAAAAUAUACCAAAUACAAUGCAGUUCGAUAAGUCGAAAGUGGACUACUCCCUCUACUUGGUGACCUGCGCGGAAUUGAUUCCGGAGGGGAUCGACUUCCUCGACCAGGUGCGUGCAGCCAUCGCCAGUGGGGUCACUAUCCUCCAGCUUCGCGAGAAGAAUCUCGACACCAGAGCGUUUAUCGCUAGAGCCAGGGCGGUGCACGAGCUCACCCAAGAGGCUAACAUUCCCCUUAUCAUCAACGACCGUGUGGACGUUGCGCUUGCAGUGGACGCCGAGGGUGUGCAUGUCGGCCAGGACGACAUGCCGGCCGACGUGGUGAGGCAGUUGAUCGGAGACGAUAAGAUCAUCGGUGUCAGCUGCGAUAAACCAAAUGUCACCAGAGUGGCUAUUGCCCAUAGGGUGGAUUACAUUGGUAUUGGCCCGGUUUUCGAUACCAACACUAAAAAGUUGACCAAGAUCCCGGUGGGUCCGUCGGGGGUUCGCGAGGUUUUGGAAUGCUUAAGGGAGGAGGGUGGAAUGAAUGUCAAAUCCGUGAUUAUUGGCGGAAUCAACCACGGCAACAUCCAAAGGGUCAUGUACACCACCACCGUGCCUGGUAAGGCCUGCGACGGUGCUGCUGUUGUAUCGUGCAUCCUAGCCACGACAGAGUGCGCCAAAGCUACAAGAGAGUUGUGCAGGCUUAUCAAGGAAAAACCGGCCCCAGCUGCCAUCUCCACCAAUACCGAGACCGCAAUGUUGAUGGAAUCGAGCUGUCGCGCAAAGCUCAUGGCCACGUCUCCCAUGGUCCACCACAUCACUAACGGAGUGGCCAAGAACUUCCAAGCCAACGUCACCUUGGCCGUUGGGGCCUCUCCGAUCAUGUCUGAAUGUGCCGAGGAGUAUUUAGAGUUGGCCGCGGUGCCAAAUACCGCAUUGGUGCUCAACACCGGCACCAUCACCCAGGAGAGCAUCAGUUUGUACACGCAUGCGAUUGCGUGCUACAACAGGACCGGCGCCCCAAUCAUCUACGACCCAGUAGGCGCUGGUGCCACCUCUAUCCGCCGCGACACCGUCCACCGUCUUUUGAACACCGGGUUGUUCACUGUUAUCAAGGGGAACGUGGGUGAGAUUUUGGCCGCGGCCGCUGCCACCACUACUGGCAGCCUAGCCACCGGUGAGCUGCAUAUGCGUGGCGUCGAUAGCAUUGCGUCUAUGAGCACACCGAACGUUAUUUUGGUGGCCAAGAAGCUCGCUCUCGCCAACAGAGCCAUCGUGGUGGUUACCGGUACCGAGGAUAUCAUUGUCGAUGGAUGGAACAAUGGAGAGUAUCUGUUGCCCCAAUCAACCCCAUCCCAGGCCGCGCGUGUGGUGAGGGGUGGUCAUCCACUUAUGGGGAAGGUUACCGCCUCUGGGUGUUCUUUGGGCUCCGUCAUCGCUGCCUUCGUUGCUGCCAACCCGGGUAACGCGUUUGAAGCUACCGUCACGGCUGUGUCGUUAUACAAGUCUGCCGGUUACUUUGCCGGUGUCAAGGCUGAGAAGAGGGGCGAAGGGUCCGGUUCGUUCUUGGCGUAUUUUGUGGAUUCCUUGUACCAUUUGACUGACGGGUUGGCGCCUGACGCUCCCAACACUAAAGUUAUGAGUAUGUAGACUUUAUAUAGGAUUAAUACCUACGGUGUACACCAUGCGAGCGAUAAAGGAAAGUGUUAGCGUCUGAAGGGUACGUGCUGCAGGUAAACGGAAGUGUAAGGG